ACCCAGAGGUUCUCCUCAGAGGAGCUAGUGUCAUGGAAUCUCCUCACAAGGACCAAUGUAAAUUUCUGUUACAUCAGCCCACGGCUCACCAUGGUGUGGGUUCUGGGUGUCAUAGUACGCUACUGUGUCCUCCUGCCUCUGCGGUAAGUUGCCUGCCCAGCAAUUUGGUAUAAUCUGUUUUGCUUUCUUUUGUAAUCAUGUGUAUAAUGGCCACAUAAGACUGUUCUACUAAUCCCACCUUUUUCCACUUAGAAAACACCACCAAGUGUGAGCUCUGCAGGAACUUGCUAAGUAUCUAUACUCCUUUCAAUAUUUUUCUCCCAAAUGAAGGGAUGUAUGCAGAAUCCAAUAUAUAUUUUACAAUCUAGGUCCACUUUGCUAUUAUAGUCAUAGAUAGUCUGAGGACAGAGAAGGGAAGUUAGAAAAAAGAAGAGGAGAAAGGACUUAUAUUUUCACAUUCAUUAGGGUGUCAAUAAUACAGCCCACUCAUGCCUCUCCUUCUGGUCCUCCCUUUCAGCUUCUACGUUUGAGUACCUCCCGAGGAGGGGGCCGCUCAAAGCCCAGUUUACUGAAACCUCAGUGCGGAACGUAGGAGUAGAAGAAAUGACGCUGGGAAGUGGGUUGAAGCUACUACUGGUCAAGUUUUUUAAGUGUGAUGACAGCGGGGCAUGGGCAUGUGUAGCAGCCACAACAUUGCUAUUGAUUGUUUUGCUUCAUCUCUCUGGAACUGGAAAUAGCCUCAGCAUCCUCUCAAUGCAGCCUUCCAGGCACUUGUUACGACCUGAUUCAAACUGACAUAUGAGAUGAACCUCUUUACCAUCCCUAGGGUGGCCUAUACUUGCCUCAUUCUGAUUUAUUACAAGGGAAAAGAUUGCUUAAGUAAAGGGUGACUUUGGCUUUCAUUGGGAUCAGCUUGCUCGUUAUAGGAACUACGAUGGUUGGGCAGCUGCCAGACGGCAGCCUCAAAAACUGGCUGAGUGAACUGGUCCACCUGACUUGCUGCCGGAUCUGUGUGCGAUCCCUCUCUGGUACCAUUCAUUACCAUAACAAGCAGUACAGACCCCAGAAGGGAGGCAUUUGUGUUGCCAACCACACCUCCCCCAUAGAUGUUUUGAUCUUGACAACAGAUGGGUGCUAUGCUAUGGUUGGCCAGAUUCAUGGUGGACUGAUGGGAAUCAUUCAGAGAGCUAUGGUCAAGGCUUGCCCACAUGUCUGGUUUGAACGCUCUGAAAUGAAAGAUCGACACCUGGUUUCCAAGAGACUAAAAGAACACAUUACAGAUAAGAAAAAACUACCCAUAUUAAUCUUUCCUGAAGGAACGUGCAUAAACAACACUUCAGUUAUGAUGUUUAAAAAGGGAAGCUUUGAAAUUGGAGGAACCAUAUAUCCAGUUGCAAUUAAGUACAACCCUCAGUUUGGUGAUGCAUUUUGGAACAGUAGUAAAUACAACCUAGUGAGCUACCUGCUUCGAGUGAUGACCAGCUGGGCCAUCGUCUGUGACGUGUGGUACAUGCCCCCCAUGACCAGAGAGGAAGGAGAAGAUGCAGUCCAAUUUGCUAAUAGGGUUAAGUCUGCCAUUGCUGUACAAGGAGGAUUAACUGAGCUUUCCUGGGAUGGAGGGCUCAAGAGAGCAAGGGUGAAGGACGCCUUUAAGGAAGAGCAGCAGAAGAAUUAUAGCAAGAUGAUUGUGGGCAAUGGAUCUCUCGACUCCAAAUCAGAAUGAAUGUCGCGCUGUAGAUAAAAAUUGCCUUCCCAGAACUAGCCCUUACAAAUGGAAUGUUUUCUUGGAUUUCAUUUUAUUUUAUUGUUCUUUUUUUUAUUGUUAAUCUUUACAACAGGAUGAUUGUCUCUACCUCUUUAUGCCUGAGGCAGACCCAUAGGUGCCCUUUUUGGGGGCUUUUGUUGUUAUUGCAAUAGCCCAUGAACUUAGGGUAGUUUACUGGGGGAAAACAGAUCUGCCUUUUGUAAAAUGAUGAGUCGUUUAAUGAAUGAAACAUGCAUACAGGAAAAAAGUGUUGUUUGUAACCUGUUGAUAUAGUAAUUCUGAAAAAAUAUCCUGAAUUCUCCUUCCAUAAUUGGCUUUCUUCCUCCCUGCCCCUGGCCCCACUCCCUUAGAUCAUAAGCAGUGGGGUUGCAAGUCUAUGUGAGGUUACUCUUCUGGUUGUGUUCAACUGCAAGGUUGAAAAGAAAAAUGGAAGAUUCUAUUUAGCAGAAAUGACAGCCGGUAGCCAGCCACCUGAUUUGAAAGUCGAUAGGAAAUGUAAACAGUUUUUACCAGUGCGUUGGAAGAGACAUACUAUUUGGUAAGCUUCAUCAAAGAAAAGUGAGUUGAAGUUAAUGUAUGUUUGCAUUUAUACAUAGGCAAUUCAUGAGUAAAUACAUUUUUAGGCAGCAACUGGUAAGAAAGAGCUUAGUUAGUUUUCCUUGCUUGUGUGCUCAUGACCUGUGUCUAAUUUCCCUCCCUUCCACUGAUUUGUUUAUUAACCAAGCACAUUUUCAAAUAGGAGGAGCCUUUAACAAAAAAAUCACACUGACUGUCUUCAGUGGGAGGAUGAAAGCGUGAAAGAAUCACAGCCUCCCCCCUUCCCUUGUGGUUUGUUUCAGAGCAUUCUCAGUCUCUUAAACAGAAAAAUAAGUGGUAAAAUUACCUUUUGGAAACUGAGCCUUAAAUUUUUUAAAGGGGAAAACAAAUGUUCCCCAACUCACACAGCGUAAGCAAUGUUUGAUAGCAAUAUAAUGCCAUCUUAACUCUGAGAGUAUUAUAUAUCUUCUGGUAAUCAUGUACAGAAUGUGAAACGGUCUUACAGUGACUAUGAAUAAAUUCUAUAUUUCUAAAUGUGUUGCAUUAUUUUCCCCUCCCCUUCACCCUUCUCUGGUUUUGAGUAAGUUGAUUUUUUUCUUAU